CGCCCGGUCCCUCCCCUGGGUCUCGCCACCGCGCUUUCCCGCUCCUGCAGCAGUAGCCGUCUGCGUCGCUGUCGUUGUCGCUGUUGUUGUCGCCUUCGCAGCGUACCGCUCAAAACCCGAGCCACCAUGCCCAACAUCGUGCUCUUCAGCGGCAGCUCACACCAGGACCUGUCCCAGCGCGUCGCCGACCGCCUGGGCCUGGAGCUGGGCAAGGUGGUCACCAAGAAGUUUAGUAACCAGGAGACCAGUGUGGAGAUUGGUGAAAGUGUUAGAGGGGAAGAUGUCUAUAUCAUCCAGAGUGGCUGUGGAGAGAUCAAUGACAACCUGAUGGAACUGCUCAUCAUGAUCAAUGCAUGCAAGAUCGCCUCAUCCUCCAGGGUGACUGCAGUGAUCCCGUGCUUCCCAUAUGCCCGCCAAGAUAAAAAGGACAAGAGUCGUGCUCCAAUUUCUGCAAAACUUGUGGCCAACAUGCUCUCGGUGGCCGGGGCCGAUCACAUCAUCACCAUGGACCUGCAUGCCUCUCAAAUCCAGGGAUUCUUUGAUAUUCCAGUGGAUAACUUGUAUGCGGAGCCCGCAGUCCUGCAGUGGAUUCGCGAGAACAUCAGCGAGUGGAGGAACUGCAUCAUUGUUUCCCCCGACGCAGGAGGAGCCAAAAGGGUCACCUCCAUUGCAGACAGGCUGAAUGUGGAGUUUGCUUUGAUUCACAAAGAGAGGAAGAAGGCAAACGAAGUGGACCGGAUGGUGCUGGUGGGCGACGUGAAGGGCCGCGUGGCCAUUCUCGUGGACGACAUGGCCGACACAUGUGGCACCAUUUGCUUCGCUGCCGAUAGGCUGCUGUCAGCUGGAGCCACCAAAGUUUAUGCUAUCCUUACCCACGGGAUUUUCUCUGGGCCAGCUAUUUCCAGAAUAAAUAAUGCCUCCUUUGAGGCCGUUGUUGUUACAAACACAAUUCCUCAGGAGGAUAAAAUGAAGCACUGCCCCAAGAUUCAGGUGAUUGACAUCUCAAUGAUCCUGGCUGAGGCCAUCCGGAGAACACACAAUGGGGAAUCCGUGUCAUACCUGUUCAGCCACGUUCCACUGUAAAAGUGAAUGGGAAAUGACAAGUGGUUUCCUCAGAUUUCCCACUUGUUUUUAUCUCUGCUUUUUAGUGCUAGGACAGCAAUGAUAAGAUAAUGGCUGGCAAAAGCAUCAAAUCUUUGUUCUCUCUGAGAUUCAUUGUUUUCCCCUUCUAAAUCUCAAGACCGUUUCUAGUUUAUUGGGGGAUGGUGGUGGUUUUUUGGUUUUUAGUGAACAGUUUUAAACGUUCUUAUCAUCUUGACUCUUUCUGAUUGGUGAACUUUCCUUUGUUUUUUGAGUGCAUCUCUGAGGUGACAGCAUUCUAAUAUAAAAUCCCACUGCAGAAUUUCAUAUUUUAUAUAUUUUGAGGUUACAAAGGUAACUUCAGAUUAAGCCUUUUGUGUGAAUAUAUAACCAUAAUGCCUAUAGACAUUUGGGUAAAAACCCUGUAUAGGCCUUUAUUUUGGAGCAAAACUUAGAAAAACCAUGAUACGAUGAAUUUUGAAUUUUUCUUUUUUAUUCUUUUUCUUAGUGAUAACUAGUUUUCAGUUAAACUAUCAUAGUUAUUGCACUUCCUCUGAACCAAAUUUUAUUUAUCUUGAAAUGGCCACUGACAUAUUUAUUUUGGGGGAGACCUAUCACUUACUUGAAAUGCUAUAUUCUGAAACUUCAAAAUUAUGUUCAGCAAUUCUCUGACUGAGAAACCACUUUGAGAUGUAGUCCCUGAACUCACUGUGACAUUGGUGCUCUCUUCUGGCCAUCCCAUAUCGUGUCAUCUUGUUCUUUCCAUCCUAUUUUUAGCUAUAGCUUCUACUUUCCAUUGUUUCCAAUGACUUCACAUUGUGGACUUCCAGUAAAAUGCAGAUUCCCCUACAUCCAUUCAGAUGUACUACACUAAUCAUUAUCUCGCUUUUGACAGAAAAAGGUCAAUUUUUGUGAGUGUGACCAGCUACAUUUUUAAGCAUUAUUUCAUGAGCUUUCAUUUGGUGUUCUUUUAUCUUUUGUGAUCAAAAGGAGUAGGUCUCUGGCAACUGUUUAUCUUAACUGAAGCUCUUCCAUGGCAACUGUGAGUAGAAGACUGCUGUGAAAAAGUAAACCAAACGUUGCUUCAUUAAUAGCUCAAGGUGAUCCUGAAGGGGAAGGUCAGCUAGGGUUGUAUUCAUAAGAAGGCCUUAGAACUUUGUCCUAAGUGAAGUGCCUCACUGUCUCUGGUAAAUGUGCAACAAUUUUAUUUCUCAAAAUUUCUAAGUUUGUGUGAAAUGAAGACAGAGUUGUAAAUGCAUAUGUAGGCCAUUUAACACACAAGUGUGCGCCUGGAUGCAUUAUGAUUAAAGCCAGUUGAUUCUAAGUUAAUCAUUUUCUCCAAGAUAUUUAAAAUUUAUAGAGCUAAUUUUAAAGUAUAAUCUGAUUUUUUAAAAAAACACUGUUUUACUGUUCUCUGAAUUAACUGAUGGUUUUUCUCAUUAUUUAGCUCCUCUUUUGUAUUUAAAUGUACGACUGACUACAUUUAUGAGCUCAUUAGUGUCCUCAGUUUUACACUGUGGAAAUGCAGACUUUCACUACUUGAUGCUUUAGGUUCAACAAAGAUGAUGAAGACUACCAGGCAAAUCUUAAUCUUUCUCGUUCCUUGCUGUUCAUGGUGUGGAAACUUAAGUGAGACCACCGGCUAUAUCAGUCUAGCUACACUGAGUGGGGGGUACACUUGAGAUAUAUCUAAUGAAGAAGGGGAGCCAGAGAAACAUGAACAUACCAAAGUUGCUUAACCUCCAACUUAAAUUAUUAGUCAACCUGUAGAUGUUUAUAUGAUGUUAACUUUCUUUUGUUAGAUAUGAUACCUACUAGAUUCAGCAAUACUAUAUAUCAUUUGCAGUGCUUGCACUGGUUUAGAAUGUAGGAUUUUAAGAUCCUCCGAUGCUGUACUAGAACAUCUCAAUAAAAUCGUACUGACUACUUUCUUUUA